AUGUCUGGCAAUAUUGAGGAUGACGAAGCGCCUCCCGAUCUGGUUGAUGUGACAACAGUGCCAUCAGACCCGCCUGCUUCCAGCCCUAUAGAGGAGGAACCAAGUCGAGUUCCCAUCACUCUUGUCACAGGAUAUCUGGGUGCCGGAAAAACAACCCUGUUGAACUACAUUCUGAAUGAGAAACAUGGCAAAAAGAUUGCCGUGAUCAUGAACGAGUUCGGUGACUCAUCGGACAUUGAGAAGCCCUUAACUGUGAACGAGGGUGGUCAAGAAGUCACCGAAUGGAUGGAAGUUGGUAAUGGCUGUAUCUGUUGCUCCGUCAAAGACUCGGGCGUCAUGGCCCUGGAAUCCUUAAUGGAACGCCGUGGCACAUUCGACUACAUCCUCCUAGAAACAACAGGCCUCGCCGAUCCCGGCAACAUAGCCCCGGUAUUCUGGAUGGACGAAGGUCUCGGCAGUUCAAUCUACCUCGACGGGAUCGUAACUCUCGUCGACGCAAAGAACAUUCUCCGACUCCUCGAUGAGCCACUUCCCGAGGAGAAAGUCGAUUCCCAUAAAGAGAGUGCCAACAAACCCACUGAUACCAAGGAACAGCACCAGCAUAGCCAUGAUGGACCUGUUCUUUCAAUGGCUCAUAUGCAGAUUUCGCACGCUGAUGUGAUCAUCCUGAACAAAACAGACCUUGUCUCGGAAACUGAGUUGGAGGGUGUUCGGAAUAGGAUUAUGGGGAUUAAUAGCGUUGCUAAGAUUCAUGUUACGGAUCAUAGUCGCACACCUCAGAUUGAGGGUGUUGUGCUUGAUUUACAUGCGUAUGACCAUCUUGCGAAGUUGGAUUUGGAUUUUGGGGCAAAGGGUCAUAGUCAUAUGGAUCCUGCUAUCUCUACAGUGGCGGUUUUGACGCGACCUCUUUCUGUGGGGGUGGCUGGGAAGGUUGAUGAGUGGCUGAGGGCUGUGCUUUGGGAAUCGAGUUUGCCUGUGCCGUUUGGAGAGGGAGGCUCGGGGUAUCCGGUUGAUUUUGAGAUUCAUCGCCUGAAGGGCGUUUUGGUAUUUGAGGAUGGGUCGAGGAAGAUUAUUCAAGCUGUGAGAGAUGUUUUCGAAAUUCGGGGAUGCUCCGGUCACAAGUGA